CGUUUAUGAUUUGAUGUGGGUAUUUGCAGAUGCUCCCUCCAACGGUUGAACUGUCCCGUCAUACCUCGCGUGGCCAACGGCUCUGCCUAUCAAUUGCUCGCACAUUGAAUUACCGUAGCCUGCCUGUUCAGCUCCAUUUAUUGAAAUAUUUUGGAACAAACCAGGUCGGACUACUCAUUAUACACUUGCUACCUGCCACACAGUUUCCCGGCCUUCUGUUUAUCUGACUGCGGCGGUGGCUCGUUGGCUAGGUUUGGUCGGGGAGGCAGGGAGAAGUACGGAGCUGGUCCCAAGUGAUGAUGGAGCUGGAGUCGGCCAGUAAUAGAAGCGAACUGGGAGCUGUGGGAGACUCGCUGCAGCCACAGACCCCGAGCAGGCACGAAAAGAGCCUGGGACUGCUCACGACCAAGUUUGUGACUUUACUACAGGAAGCGAAGGACGGAGUUCUGGAUCUGAAAGCUGCUGCAGACACCUUGGCAGUGCGGCAGAAACGGCGCAUCUACGACAUCACUAAUGUGCUGGAGGGAAUUGGGCUUAUAGAGAAGAAGUCCAAGAACAGUAUCCAGUGGAAGGGUGUAGGCCCAGGCUGUAACACUAGGGAGAUAGCUGAUAAACUGAUUGAUCUGAAGGCUGAGCUGGAAGACCUGGCUCUCCGGGAAAACGAGCUGGACCAGCAGAGAGUUUGGGUCCAACAGAGCAUCAAGAAUGUCACAGAUGACUCCAGCAACAGCCCUAUGGCUUAUGUAAAACAUGAAGACCUCUGUGGAGCUUUCAAAGGAGACACACUCCUAGCAAUCCGUGCUCCCACUGGCACACAACUAGAGGUGCCUGUACCAGAAGCUGCCCUCAAUGGACAGAGGAAAUACCAGAUCCGUCUGAAGAGCUCAUCUGGUCCCAUCGAGGUUUUGUUGGUCAAUAAGGACCAGUCCAGUGCCUCUCCUGUUGUUUUGCCUGUCCCUCCUCCAGAUGAUGUCUUUCAGAACCUCCCAGCACCAACACCUACCUCCCAGCCAUCCUCCGCUGUCUCAUUGGUCCCCAAAGCAGCUCCAGUCAUUUCUACAAAACCUGGUCCCACCACAACAUCAGCUACAGCAGCCAAUCACACAGCCUCAGUGACAGAGGUGACAAGCACCACGCCACUCACCCCAACAAAUGAUACACCUGCUACAGUCCCACAGCAGCUUCAGUCCUCGUCCUCACUGGAUGGAUCUGUGUCCUCUUCUGGCUCUGCAAUGUUUGAACCAAUUAAAUCAGAUCCUUCUGAAUUACUGGACUUUCCCAAAGAGCUCUCUGAAAUGUUUGAUCCAACAAAAGAGAUCAUGAGUGGAGACCUCUUGGAGGACUUGAUGUCAUCCGAAGUGUUCUCGCCUCUCCUCCGUUUGUCCCCACCACCAAGCGACCACGACUAUAUAUACAACUUGGAUGAGACAGAAGGCCUGUGUGAUCUCUUUGAUGUCCCUGUUCUCAACCUCUGACCCCUGAGAUUAUUGUCAGAGUGGGAAACAGUUAACCAAACACGCUAAUCUACCUUCAUUGUCCCUAGCUUCAUCACUGAGAGUGAGGGUGAGAAGUGGUACAAGAAAGCCAAUAUGUUUUAAGUGUUCGAAGACACUGGCAUGAUGAGCUCAAGCUGAGCUGACUAGCUUGAUGUACAGCAUCAUGAACAAGUGCAGGCCAGAACAAAACAUUUCAGUCACACCACUUUUCCAAGGAUACAGUCAAAAUAAAUGGCAAAUAAUUAUAUUUUUGGAUUCUUGUAUAUUAUAAAGCAUUAUGUUUGUGUAUCAGCUUUCCUGUGUGCCUGUGAGUGAACAUGUGUAGCCAUAUUGAGCAUGAGUGUGCUUGUGCGUCUGUGUGUGGGCUUGUUUUGUAUUUAAUGCUCUCUGGCAGAUGUGUCCAGGAACAAAAAAAGAGAAGCCUAUCAGGUCAAGAGUUAAGGCAAACUGAGGGUGCACAGCCAGGCCUAAUGGAGUCCAAACACAGCUGGUUAAACAUGUAAUGUCCUCAUAUACAUGGAGAAUAUAUAUUUUGUGUUAUCAGCACACAAGACUCAAUAGUCAUCAUGAUCUACAUUUAUAACACUGAGCAAUAGUUUGCAGAUAAAGGUACCAGACUCAAAUUACCAUACUGUCUAUGCUACCAGUCCACUCAUUCAAGGAUUAAUUAUUUUUACUAUUUUCUAUAUUGUAAAACAAUACAAAUUUUUGACUGACAGUAUAUAUAAAGUGCUUUGUUUUUAAAAAGCCAUUCAGUAGUGAAGUGUUAUUGGAGUUCAAUUAGAGAAGAAGGAUCUUAAUGCUAAGCUACUGAGACAAAUAAACUUUGAUACAAAGUGAAAAGCAAGAGUAGGAGUGAUGUUUUAAAUUCCUAAAUCCUUUAAUUCAUUUUUAGUUCAACAAAGUAGUUAAAAUGUGUAAAAAAAAAAAAAAAAAAAACCUAAACUCCAACUCAUGACUAUCCUGUUAUUUAACAGGUUCAGUAUUGCCAUGUAUACACUGAGAGGUUUCAUUGUAAAGAAAAAAUAAAAAUGCAUGCUUUCAGAUUCAUGUUGCCUCUGGACCUUUGGAACUUGCAGAUUUUUAUUGGCUUUGGUUUGUAUAUAAAUGGUGUAUGUCAGAAGAAUAGCUUUUUCUUCUGUCUUUUCCAAAAUGAGUUCUGUGGUGAUUGGCUUUCUAUAAUAUAUGUAUAUGGAUACCAUUGUACUUAAUUUGUAUGUGAAAGGAUGCAAGUGUUUUACCGAUGGAGUGAAUAUAAUCAUGUCAUGAAAUAUGCUUCAGUUUGUGUGUAUUUGUCCCAGAUCACUAUUCAAUAGUUUUUUACGAUGUUCUGUUAAUGCCUAUCAUAAGUUUGACUUCUAAGCACUAAUACUUUGUGUGCAGGAGACAGGUUAGUAGCAGUUUUGGAUGAGUUGUUAGCUAUGCUGUUAAAGUACAUAUUAAGUGCUUUCUUCUGUAAAAAUCAUAUUUUGUGUAAUAAUGUCCUGUUUUACCCUAGAUAACAUAUGUACUGUGUAUAUCAGCUAUUGCUUGUAGAGAAUAGCGUUUAUUUUAUUAUUUUUUUUAUACCUGCUAGAUUAUAUUAUUACAUGACUUUUGCUACUAAUUUCUGGCUACACUUCACAGGUAAAUGAAUUUAUCAGCAAAACCUUUUGCUUUGUCCAAGGCUCCUGUCUCAUCGUUGCACUUUACAUCACUGUGGACAGAUUGGUUGCUUCUCAUCCGCUCAGCAGCCAGUUGAGCCUACACAGUGUUGUGAGUAACUUGGAAGUCCUGGGUUGAAUUAAUCAUGUUGGUGUGCUGACCUGUGCAACUCAGUCCUACAGAUUGUUUUUAACAAGCUCACAAUCGAUAAGCUGUAACUGCAUCAGAUGAAACAAAAUAAACACUUUGGUAUUC